AUGGUGAAGUUGCUGCCCGCCCAGGAGGCAGCCAAGAUCUACCAUACCAACUAUGUGCGAAAUUCGCGGGCUGUGGGUGUAAUGUGGGGCACGCUCACCAUCUGCUUUUCCGUGCUGGUCAUGGCCCUCUUCAUCCAGCCCUACUGGAUUGGUGACAGCGUAAAUACGCCACAGGCAGGCUACUUCGGCCUUUUCUCCUACUGCGUGGGCAACGUACUGUCUUCCGAGCUCAUCUGCAAGGGCGGUCCUCUGGACUUCUCCUCCAUCCCCUCCAGAGCCUUCAAGACAGCCAUGUUUUUCGUGGCCUUGGCCAUGUUCCUUAUCAUUGGCUCCAUCAUCUGUUUCAGUCUGUUCUUCAUCUGCAACUCGGCCACUGUCUACAAGAUCUGUGCAUGGAUGCAGCUGGCGGCAGCCACAGGUUUAAUGAUCGGCUGCCUGGUCUACCCAGAUGGCUGGGACUCCAGUGAGGUGCGACGCAUGUGUGGGGAGCAGACAGGCAAGUACACGCUGGGCCACUGCACCAUCCGCUGGGCCUUCAUGCUGGCCAUCCUCAGCAUCGGCGACGCCCUCAUCCUCUCCUUCUUGGCUUUUGUGUUGGGCUACAGGCAGGACAAGCUCCUCCCUGAUGACUACAAGGCAGAUGGAAAAGAGGAAGUCUAAAGCAGCUGAAGGGUCGGUUAUCUACUUCCCAGACAGUGGAAAAGUAGGGCAUCUAAUUCUUCAGAGAUAAAUCUUUCUAACAGCUUCCUUGUCCCUGGCCCAAGUCUUUCUUCAUAGUUGGAACCUGACCAUCUCCUAAGACAAGACCUCCUGCAGCAUACAGAGAACUCUUCCAGGUGAAGCAGAACUGCAGUGACAGAUAUCAAAGAUGUUCACAGGUCCAGUGGUGUGGGACUUACUCAGCCAUGGGGGAGUUCAAGUUUCAUUCGUAUCCUUUCACUUCAGCUUCUCUAUAAAAUGAGAGGGCUGCUGAGUCCAUUCUAGAGGCUUCUCCUGUCUCUACUUCACAGAAGAUACACUCAUUUGGAGGCACACACAGAAACAAACUCCAGCCAGCUCUAAAAAGGAAGGUCACUGAAGAGAGGUGGCUGAAAGUGUGUUGGGUCAUUUCAGGCCGAUUAGGGGGGUCUUUUGCUUCUCCCCAUUUUUUGCUUUCUUAUUGCUGCUCAGAGAGAGGCAAGGAAUGGUGAAACCGCCUGACCCUGAAUCCUUUAACAUCCAUCAGGAAGUCUAAUUGGGUAAAUGUAGGACCUAAAAACUCUUGAGGGCUGGGGAUAUAGCUCAAUGGUACAAAGCUUGUUGAGCAUGCACAAGACCUCAGGUUCAUCUCACAAUGGACCAAAAACCCUUUUGAGACUAAUUUGACACCUCUCUCCCCAACAUUUCCUCACAGUACCUACACUGGCCCAACUAGAACAAGAUACCAGCUUCAGAAAUUUGUUACUUGUAUCUAAGUCAUUUGUUACAGGAAUAGAUGGCAAUUCUUGUCAGAAACUUUUGAGUGACACUAAUAAAUAGGACCUGGUCUUUGUCCAUUUAGAGUGACUCACUAAAGAAACUAUCUGGGUGUGCUAUUCUCUCACAGGUGGAGAAAGGGUAAAUGCUGAAUAAAACUAACGAAACUUGUUGCUUGAUCAAGUGACGUGGAAAUGUUGUUAUCCUUGGCUGCUGGGCAUUUCGUGUACAGUGACUACUGGCCCAUUGUGCUGUUUGUAUUCAGUUCAGCUAGGCUGAGAAUGAACAUCCCAGUGCUAUUCCAGUUAAAUAGCUGGUUAUAAGUACUACUAUAAUAGAGUUUGACCUCAUCACUUAGUCUUUUUAUAAGAAUAAUCACAUUCAUAUUUUUUGCGGAUAAAAUUAUUUAAUUCACAGGCAUUCACUUUCAAAAAAAAAUUUUUGUAGUUGUAAUAUGGACAGAAUGCCUUUGCUUAUUCUUAUGUGGUGCUGAGGAUCGAACCCAGUGCCUCACACAUGCUAGACAGUGCUCUGCCACUGAGCUACAGCCUUAGCCUGGCACUCACUUUUUGAUUAAAAACAAUUUAACAAAUCCUGUAGCUUAGGGACUUUUCAUAAAAGAGGUACAAGGUAAGUUUCUAAAAGCUCUCCACCAUCAGAUUAUUUUUUUCUGAUAUGGCAACUAUGGUGGUCCACAGAAGCUCCUGGAGGGCUUAUAGUGCAUCUGCCUAUAGGCUACCCUCUGUUCUUGCCAGAACAGAGAAUGUCACCAAAAGAGAAGUCAUGUUUAACCUAUGGCCAGUGCUGGGGAAGGACCUGCAAAUCUGUUUACAAUCAUACAACAUAUGUAUCACCUUUUAUCUUCAAGUAAACUAAAAACUCUAUUUCAUUAAUAACAUGACUUUUGAGUUCAGGUAUGUACUAACUCCUUAUCAGCUCUUUUCAAGUGGCUUUAUCUUUAAAUAAAUUCUUAAAGGCCCCUCAAAACUUAUUUAUGAAAGUAUUAUUAGAAUAAAAAUCAUACUUAUUACCAUAUUAUUCUAUUCCUUUCUCACUUUUGGUUUGUCUGUUUGAGGGGGGUAUAGAGAUGGUUAUGGUGCCCCAACAGUCACAAAGCCAAGCCCACACUCCAGGAAAGCUCACUAAAACAGGGUAUGAGUACCAGAAGGUAGGAAUCACUGGGGAUCUUUGAAAAGUUGUUUGUCAGUUUUAAUUUUCUGCCCAAAUAGGCAUUCAUCAGAAUGCUUAAUUGGAACAAAGGUAACUUCUGGUAGCCUUACAUGGUGAAUGUUUUACAUGUCUCAUGUUUGUUUUGUAAUAAACCAAUAAAGACGAAAAGCAGAAGAGCUCAAAUUUUGAAAAUGUACUUUAACUUCACAGGACUUAAAGUAGGUCCUACUAUAUUUCCUCGAUAUCUAGUAAGUCCAAAGCAACUAGAGCAUGUCAUCUUAGUGGCACAACUAUGAACAUAGUUCACAUUGCUGGCUCUUAAUACACUCACUUCUAUAAAAGUUCAGUUCUGUCAUCUGGAGGGCAAAACUUUUUACUGUAUUAAAAUGGCCAAAAACUAGAUUUGAAUAAAGGACAAAAGGGAGAGAUGAAAACUGAAUUUGGGAAGAUGUAAAAUUAAACUGGACAUUUACAAGAAAUGGUACAGUAUAGACAGCCCCAGAUACUAAGGUAAACUUACUUAAUUCCUUGGCUAACAUUUCUAAACACAUGAUCUCAAACUUUCUGCCCUUUAAACUGAAUGUCUGAAUUAAUAUUGCUCCAACAAUUUAGAAAUACAUGCACAUAGUUAACUCCAACUUUCAACGUCUUCAGUGACACAAAAAGAAACGUCCUAUUGAUUUAUAGUUAUCUUCCUAUAUUACCAUUCUAGAUUGUGAAAGAGCUUAACAUUACCAAUGCUUUGUCAACUCCCAAGGUGUUGAUUAUUCAAGCUUUUGUUAUAAGGCUUUAUUUUUAAGCAAAUAAAAUUUC